AAAUCGAUCUCCUAUCCGCAAACGAUACUGGUGCAGACAUCUCAGUGGCCGCAUCUGAACAAAGAAGAACAUUAAAAGUCGAGAUGUUACAAAAAGCCCGCACUGCCUUAGCUUCUGAGUGUGGUCGCCUCCGCGCUGCUGGUGAAGUCCAAUUCGAUUGGGCGCCAAAUGCUAUGGAGGCUUUGGGAAUGAACGCAUUGUCAGACCUCCAAUCCGUGCAGUCGGUCGUAGAUCGCGUCCACGCAGUGGCCCGAGACUGCGGAUUGCCGAGUUGCAAGAGUGUCGUGUUGGAAGAAGUGCGGACGUCUUCGAGCAAGAAGGGCGGGCAAGACACUAGUACUAGAGGAGACGCGAAAAAAGAAGAUGACUCAGCAUCUGCUUCAUCAGCUCCGUCAUCACGACAAGGGCGAACCAAGGAAAACGAAGCCGAUACUUCUAGGCAAGGAGGAGCAGCAGUUUCACUACCGCCUUCCCCAGUGUUGCGCAAACUAGGCAUUCCAGAAUGUACAAGCGUUACACCUGGUACUGCUGCGCAGACCGCCUGCUACACCCGCCGCACAGAUCUCCUGCAAGGGAUAGACCGGGCGCCGCAAUGUCUCGGUCAAGUCUUGGAAGUGGAGAGGACCGCGGAUCGUGGCACUUUAUUAACCGUUCUCGUCAAAUACGGCGUCUUCCAAAAAGGCGCUUACUUUGCGUGCGGGUCUGCGUUUGGACGAGUGCACACGCUUUACGAGGGUGAUGACGUCCUCCGAUUUCGGCGGGAGACCGCGCGGUCAGCAAAGUUGAUGCGAUGCGCGACAGUGAACGUUGCGAAACCUGGGAUGGCGGUUCGAGUCAUGGGACUGCGCAAUGGGCCUUUUCAUUACGGAGUGAAGGCGUGACUCUUGUUUUUUCCAAGUUAGGCUCUAUCCACCAUUUGGAAGUGUGCACCUGCAAGGAGAAGUGAUUGGUGCAGAACAAGAUAGAGGAUUUGUAGAACCUUCACCAUAGAGUAGUAUCUUUAAGAACAAGUCUAAAGCAGCUACUUCUACCACUAGCCCUUCCAUCGACACACAUCAGUUGUAACUUCUAAUCCCUCGGUGGUGACGUGAGUAAUGGCGAUAUCUUUAUGGUCUUCGAGCGAGAGCGCGCUUUCCGUCUACAUUUACACCGGUUUCGGAUUGAGGAACUGACCAAAUCCCAAAGGUCGGGUCCACCUCUGCAAGUUCCAUGGGAGUUUGAUCCUGUGAACCUGGGAAACCGCGUAGAAGCAGAUCUUUCAAGAGGACUUUCUUUAGGGUGGAUAUAUUAGGUCUUUAAAUCAUGAAGCAAGUGCUGUACCUGUAGUGUGUAGUAUGAUUUUUUUGCACACUCCUAGGUGCUGACUCUUCUUCAAUAGGCUUGCGGGGAGGACUUUUUUACGAAAACUUGUUCGAUGAAACAUAGGUAGCAGCGCUCUAAUUCCCCGUCUAGCUCGCGCUGCCUCUGGAGCAGAGAACCGAGAUCGGAAAGACGUCAGGCCAAACGGCGAUGAAGAUGAUACUACUGAGAACUACUCCGACGACGAAGAUGCUCUUGAAGGUGAGGAUGGGCUAGAAUCUACUUCGUUUGAUAGUAGUGUAGAAGAGUUUGGCGGGAAUUCGCAUAAGAGACCAAUCUUCAAGAAGGGAAAGUCUCGAAUGAUGUGCCAGGAUGAUGAUUCUGAUUCUGAUUCUGGAUUGAGUCGCAGUGAGGCUCGUAGUAUCUUGGUUGAACCCACAACUGGCACUACGGAUACGGAGCGAGGGAGUCUCGGAUUUGACGAAAGCCACUCGUUACCGCGUGGUCGUAAGAGUGCUCGACGUCGAAAGCAUGCGUGUGGUAGCAGAGAAGGCGGACAGGAACUAGGUGAAGACAAUCGCGCUUCUUCCAAGAGUAAUGCUCUUCGAGAUCACGUCUACUACGCUGACAAGAUGAAAAAUGCGGGAAGAGACCACCAAGAAGCUGCAUCUUCCUCCACUGCGGUUGGUGGGGAUGACAGCGUGGACUUCACAUCUGAGGCAGGAAUAGACACGCAAUUGACGUUGUCCAGAUGGCAGAAACGUAACGCUGCUAGAUGGAAACAGCAAGAGAGGGACGAGCUACAGCUUCAGUCUGAGCAGCUAGCUUCUCGCGCGAUUUCGCGACGGGUAUUGAACCUACCUCCCGACACUGACCCAGAUUUUUUCCGGAAGAAACAGGCGGAGAAAGACAAGCGUGCACAAGCCUUCGCGAAAGAGAAGUACUACGACCCGGAGACUUAUAAUGCUGAUGCGAAAAGAGAGGGACAGGAGUGUCAGGAGGCCCAGGGCCAGGGGGCGAUAGUGCUGGAGUCUGACGAGCAUGAUGAUGUCUCAUCUAAUCGUCAUAAUUCUUCAUCGCAAUCGCCGUCUUUUGCUGCGACAAUGAGUGGCGCAUCAACUAGAUCAACUACUCCUGGAUCGAGAACUGUACGGGAAGAAGAUGGCGGCCAUGAGGAUACGCUUGAUCACGAGGCUCACGAACCAGGAGACGACAUGCAAGAUGUUGCUGAAGCUGUAGAGGCAGGUGAAGGUCGUCUUCUUGUGCAAGCGCAGGAACUGGCAACGAACGCACUCCCGUCAGCAUCUAGACGUCCUGUCAUUAGUGUGAUGCUGCGAUGUAAAAACGUUGGGCUAUUUGAUGCGGUUCAGUCCGAGUUAACCAGGCUGGAGACAGAGCUGCAAGUUCGAUUGCCUAUCGUCCAUGGCGGAAUUGGCCCAGUCGUGCCGAAAGACAUUAUCCAUGCUGAAAUUAUGAGGGGACGAAAUAGUAGUUCACUCGCCCGCUUUCUUCUCAGCUUCUGGCGGCUCAUGAUUUCCCCAUUGAAAUAAGUAAAGUCACUAGGCGUCUGUGGCUCAUUAUUUUUUCUUUGAAAUGAUAGUCAGCGAGAGUUCAUUUUGUUUCAUCGAUACCUGCAUUGUGAGUGUGAGUGUAAAGCACUUUUCUCCUUCAUAAGCCUCGAGCGGAAAUACGGCUACUCGCCAGUAUAUGCGCUUUUAACGGGUGUACAUUCGCAAGCGAUCCAGCACGCAACUCUGAAACGUAUAGAAGUGCGCAAGCAUCGGGUCUUGCAGACACUGAUCCAGGACAUCAGGGACCGAUGCGUGAAAGUCCAGUGGAAGGUGACAAAAGCGAAGACAAACGAUGAGGUGAGAUGCUGAAGUCUCGCAGAAAUUAUCUCGUUGUAGACGAUAAGUUGCAGUCUCGUAGUAGAUCAUGAUGAUGAAUACUGAAGAUGAAGAAUACCUAGCGAAUUUGACUCAGACGGACCAGCGAAUGCGACAAAGGAGUAGGCCUACUGCUACGAAGAACAAACUGAACCCCUAAAAAUCUAAAGACUAUCUACAUCAUACGGACCUUGACCUUUUGCAAAUCGUUGGACGUGAUGCGACUUUUCAUUCUAUGUGAUUUUUCUUCGUAGACCAGGGAAGGGCAAUACGGGACACUUGAAUUCGAUAUGAACCACCGUAAAAGUUUUGCUGUUGAUGUGCGGCGAUCAUGCGUGACUUGCUGAGUGGAAGUGGAACAUUUGCUGAGUAGGGCAAGAGCUGGCGGAGAGAGUGGAGAUUCGUUUAAUAAAGCGGAAGACUGCGAAAUAAAGCAAAAGCCCUUAAUUCUAGUUGAUAAAACAAUAGCGAAGAAAAAAAAUAUACUAGGAGAAGACAAAGCCAAUCGGCCUGGUGGUGUCUUAGAAACUGCUUGCAUAAGGUUUUUUGACUUCUCGAGAUUCGCUGUGCUUGAAAACCUAUCACAACGCCAAAAAAUGUUCCACCUACUUCCUCUCUUUGAAAACGUCGAUAAUAUCUAAUGACAAAUCCAAGCACAACGCCGAACGCAUUUAUGAUAAGCACAGCAAAAUAAAC